GACUAAUUUCUGUAUAUUGAGCCUUCCAGACGUAUGACGGGUAGAGUAACUAGUCUUGCAGGAAUAAGGCAAGUCGCUACUUUGGCAGUAAACCCUCCCAAGUCAAACGACAAUUCCCCGUAGGCAUUUCAGCAAGAUUCUUUCUUCGGCAAAACCUGCAAGAUCUACCUCUUCAGUCUCCAAUCCUCUGGUUCGGCUGCGAUAAUCGUCAAUCCCAGUCAAGCCUCCAAUCAACGACGAUCCGGCUACAACGUAGCAGUAAACAGCCAGCACACCAAGUCAGUUAGAAUGGUCUCCUUUGCAACGUCCUCAAUGCUGCUUCUGCAUUUUUAUUCCCCAUCAUUGUCCGCAAUAAUUCCCCAAUGGCUUCUGGCCUGGGUCCUCGGGCGAAACCUUUCGCAAAUCUGCAUCUGUGAUGAGAAGCCUUUUUUGUUUGUCGGGUUGUCGGUUCGCCUGAUGGGUACCCCCGGCCCCAUUAGCGUUCAACUCCGAGGCUCUGAUUUUCUUUUCUCGGCAUCACGCUCAAUUGACGACAGUAAUCUUGCGAUAUCACCUCUCUCUCCGCUCUUGUACCCUUGUUGCCGGUUCUCGAUGCGGGCCAAGCUGUGGACAAAAACACUGGCUUAUCCCUACUAAAUUCCCAAACACCUAGGUCAACAACGAACGUGAUAAAUAUAAUACUAGCCCGCAAACUGAGUUACGUAAGGGUAAUAAUCGUAUCAGUCACUAAGCAACAGAUAGGUAGUAGAGCUAUCCUAUAUAUUUAUAACUACUUAAUUGUGCUGGAGCCAUC